ACGCGCUGCUGCUGUACCAGACACUGCAGCUCGGCUCAAGUAGCGUCUUGUCCUUCGUAAUCUGAUCUCGGAGAGACUGCUGUUCCGUGCAGAUCACUCGGCUCGCUGCAUAUUCUACACGGGCUUUCUACCAAGCUUUACGGACGGUGUGUUAUUGCCUGUGGACAUGAAGGCUCUCCUUGUCCUGUUCCUGACCCUGGUGUCCGUUUCUGUGACCAGAAGCCAGACAUUCCACUGGGGAUCCUGCCCAGAUCCGCCUGUUCAAAAGGACUUCAAUCUACAAAAGUACCUUGGGAGAUGGUAUGAAAUUGAGAAACUGCCAGCGUCUUUUGAAAAGGGAAUCUGUAUUCAAGCUAAUUAUUCCCUCAGAGCAGAUGGUAAAGUAAAGGUUUUGAAUGAAGAACUCAUAGAUGGCAAGAUAAACUCAAUUGAAGGGAGUGCUGUAGUAAAAGAUGCCAACGAACCGGCAAAACUGGGAGUUAGCUUCUUUUUUUUUCAGCCAUACAGUCCAUACUGGGUACUGUCUACCGACUAUGACAACAUCGCUCUUGUCUACUCCUGCUCUGGUGUCAAGAGCCUGUUUCACUUCGACCUCGCCUGGAUUCUUGCUCGCUCUCGAACGCUGCCUGCAGAAACGAUCGCCGCGGCUAAAGCGCACUUCACUUCUCAUAAUAUCGACAUUAGCAAAAUGACUGCAACUGUGCAAGAAGGCUGUACAAAUAAGAGUUAAAUAAUAGAAGAGGUAAAUAAAUGCCUGAUCUAGUUCUCCAAUAAAACAGGAUGUUAGUGGACAAGCUUAAAUGGUUACUAGACAGGGAUGUGUGCACGUUUGUUUGGAAACGGAUGAAAGGAAGGUCUCAGUUUAGCUGAAAUUACUGGUCGGUUCUUGAUGUGAAUGAGACCUUAACUGAAAAUCCAGAAAAUCCUUUUAUAACUAUGCAUGAAACAUUAUAUCUGUAUUUAUAUGCAUAACAGAAUGCCAUAUGAUGCUUUUCAGAGUAACAUUUUCCAUGUCUAAUUUGUGUGAUGACAAUUCAGUUGACAAAAGAUUAUAACCUGUAAUGUAACUGUACUUUCCUCAGUCUGAAGUUGCUGUUUACACUGCGUCAUAGAAAAAUAAACUUUUAGUUAACAAAGCAUUCAUUACAUGUGUCCACAUAGCUCAUUGAAAUGUUUCUGACAAAGGCUUCAUUCAGCUCAUCAUAGUCUUCAUUCAGACAUUGUGAACAGGCUCAAUGCUAUUACGUCAGACUGACUUAUUUCACUAAAGUACCUCCUUAUAUCAACAUUUAUAGAUCAACAUGUUUUAGAACAAAGGAAACUCACAAAAUCACGAAUGCUGAGUACACUUUAGGUGUCAUACGCGCCUACAUUUCAAAACCAUGUGAAUGUGUUGUAAAUGUAUUCACAUUAACAAAGUAGUUCGCUGCCUCUCGUUCCAUAUCACGGAAAAAGUUGUGACUUUUAAUGAAGGCUACAGUAAGAACAUAUGAAGGACAACGUGUUUAUUCGCGUUGUGCUCCUGCCAAUUUAUUCUUGUCGUCCUCAGUGUCCGGUUAAAUACAGUCUCCCUGAAUAUUACUGGGCCACCAAAUGCAUUUCGUGGUUUUGUUUCUGUUACAGCACCACACGUUUCCCAGUGUAUUUAUGUUUUCAAGAACAAUUACGUACCACGCUGUUGCAAAACUGACGUACGCCGAGUCUGCUCCGCAGUGGAAGUAUCAUCUGACACCUUGUGGUGCCAAGAAGAAUUGUAUGAUGAAUCUGAUCAGUCUGUUCUAGUCUCCGUCUUCUUUUAUUAGUACAGAACUCAAUUCUUCUGUUUUUGCGACUACUUUCAUUUUGUAUAAGCUGCAUAUAUGUAUACAUAUAGAACAAUAAAAGGAAAUACCCAA